AUGCUUUCCUUCCGUAGAUCCUCCAGGAGCCUCAAGCCUCGAGCCUCGAAGCUUAAUAGCGCCACUAUCCAUCCUUUGUCGAGUUGCGGAACACCCCUAACUUCCCCAGGCAAAGCCAUCGCCCGCGAAGAGCUAUUCACCUACACCAAUGGCCAUUUCCUCAUCGACGAAGAGACCCAACUCCGUCGACGAUACCUGAAGUUCGACAUCGACGCUCUCUGCGAUCUCGCUGCGACAGCAGGGGCAAGCCCAUCCCCGAUCCGAACGAUUGAGAAGCUCGAGGGAGGGUUCAGCAAAGCCCUGCUGCUGACGAAGGAGAAUGACGAGGAGGUUGUUGCGAAGCUCCCAUAUCAUAUCGCGGGACCAGCCUCCCUGACUACCGCUUCUGAGGUCGCGGUUCUACAGUAUGUUAAGGACUAUACGCGUAUCCCCGUUCCAGCAGUGCUCUCCUGGUCUUCGGACAGUUCGAACCCGGUCGGAGCCGAGUACAUCAUCAUGGAGAAGGCGGCAGGGGUUCCGCUGUAUGAGCGAUGGGAGGGGAUGGCGGAGAUCGAGAGGUUGGGGCUGAUCCAGAAUCUGGUGAAGCUUGAGGCGCAACUGUCGGCCAUUGCAUUUCCUGCGUACGGAGGGCUCUAUCGAAGGGUUGAUGCGGACCCGAUACGGUCGCCACAGGCGUGUGUGGACGUAGACUCUUCUGAUCGGUUUUGCGUCGGGCCAUCGUGUCAUCCUUCGGAGCAUGUGGCUGCGACUGAUUCAUCUGCCCCCCGGUCUGAAAGCUUUAGCCAUGGGCCUUGGCGAACUUUAUCAGACCUAGGAAAAUCCAUCGCAAAACGCGAGAUAUCCCGGAUCACGCACCGACAAUCAACCCCCGGAUUACCAUUCCACCAAGGCAGCAUUCAAGAGCAAACCCAGCUUCUGAAAUCUGCAGUCAGUGUAUUCCAGCGGAUCGACUCGCACCCAUCAAUCGGCCAAUCGGCCCAGCCUACACUAUGGCACACGGAUCUUCACAUGGGAAACAUCUUCGUAGCUCCGGACGAAAGCUCGAGAAUCGUCUCCCUGAUCGACUUCCAGUCCCUGGCCAUCCACCCUCGAUUCCUUCAAGCCCGAUGGCCGGUCUUCCUGAAGCCACCAACAAACUACCCCAAGGGGUUAGUCAAGCCCACACUCCCAGACGGUUUCACUUCCCUCGACGAAGAAAGCCAGGCAGCUGCUCUGCAGGAAUUCUCCCAGGCCAAGCUUGCCAAAGCAUACGAAGUCGCCAAAUUCCUCGACGACCGCGUCGCCCACGACGCGAUGGUGAACGUUGUGCCCCGCGUCUUUCGGGAGUUGUUCGUCCGCUGCGGCGAAGUCUCGGAGGUGGGAACCGUGCCGCUGCGCGAGUGUCUGAUUGAGAUUUCCCGGAACUGGUCGGCGCUAGAUUUCACGAGUGAAUGCCCUUAUUCAUUCAGCGAUGAAGAAAUCAGUCGACACGAACGCCAAUUUGCGGAGUAUCAGGCGUGGAAUGAUGUCCAGCAACUCGCGAUGGAGUGCCUCGAUACCGACGCCGAAGGGUGGAUUGCGCCGCAGCUGGAUAUCGCCGAGAAGCGGAGGCAGAAUCGGGAGUUGCUUGCGAUGUGGAUUGAGCGGGCAGCCGAGGAAAGAACAUCGGAUGAGGCAAGAGCCCUGUGGCCGUUCCCGGAGUCAUAG